AACCGCAGCAUGAAACCGAUGGGAGUCUUAUCUCAUCACCAUUCGGUCCGUGCUGCGUGUUCAUCGGAUGCAGCGAAAGAUCAUCAAGCUGCAGAGCAUGACAGUUCCUUGCUUUUAGACGCAGAGCAGGACAGAAGUCUUGGCUUCUUCCAGGAGCAAUCAAGCUGGUGACUUUAUUGCGCUUUUGUUUUGUUUUGUUUUUGUUUUUGUUUUUUUUUCCUGAUCGGAAUCGGAGGGAUGGAUUCACGGGUUUUCGAGGAAUAAAAAAGCAAUCUUUUGGUCGCUUGUUGCGACGAUGAGGAAGCGAAUCGCCUCGGCGGCUUCCUCAAUGCUGAGCGGAGGGAGUCCGGAGCCGGCGAUCUAGGCGGCGUGGACUUGGAUUUUGCGGAUCUGUGUUGUUGCUUUACCCGGUGCCGGGAUAGAUGAGCUGUUUUCCCUGUCUCAGCCCUCGCCGGAGAGAAGCGAGGUGCAGAAUCGAAGACAGCGGUCGUUCCCGCCCCCGUUCGCGUUUCGCCGCCGAUCCUCCUGAGAAUGAGAAGCCGGCUCCAUCCGACGGCGGCGAGAGGAACAAAUCCGCGAGAAAAUUCACCUUCAGAGAUCUCGCCGCGGCCACUCACAACUUUAGGGAGUCCAAUCUGAUCGGAGAAGGCGGCUUCGGGAGAGUCUACAAAGGGCGACUCGAUUCAGACCAGAUUGUGGCCAUCAAGCAGCUUAAGCAGGAUGGUUAUCAGGGGAGCAACGAGUUCCUGGUGGAAGUCCUAAUGCUCACUGUGCUGCGGCAUCCCAAUCUUGUGAACCUGAUCGGCUACUGCGCCGAGGGAGAUGAGAGGCUGCUAGUUUACGAGUACAUGUGCAAAGGAACCUUGGAAGACCACCUAUUUGAUCUGACUCCUGGCAAGGCGCCGAUCGAUUGGAACACACGAAUGAAGAUUGCUCUCGGUGCUGCAAAGGGGCUCACGUACUUGCACGACGUUGCAAACCCUCCUGUAAUUUACAGGGAUAUGAAGGCGGCAAACGUGUUGUUGGAUGAAAACUUCAACCCCAAGCUGUCUGAUUUUGGACUUGCUAAACUUGGGCCUGUCGGCGACAAAACGCAUGUUUCGACGAGGGUGAUGGGAACCCAUGGUUACUGUGCUCCUGAUUAUGCCAUGACUGGUAAGCUCACUGUGAAGUCUGACAUUUAUAGCUUCGGUGUGCUGCUGCUGGAGAUGAUCACUGGACGGCGAGCUUUCGAUUGCUCGAAAACUCGCGCGGAGCAGAACUUAAUAGCUUGGUCACGGCCGUUCUUGAACGAUCGAAGGAAGUUCGGGCGGUUGGCUGAUCCAUCUCUCGAAGGUUGCUAUCCUCCACGGGCCUUCCAUCAGUUGGUCGUGAUAACCUCAAUGUGUCUCCAAGAGCAAGCUCAUGUUCGACCAAUUAUAGCUGAUGUCGUCGUUGCCCUUGACCAUGUGGCAUCCCAGCCGUACGUCGGAGAGCCGGACUCCAACAAGGUCAUGAACUUCUCCGCUCAGUCCUCGCCUAUUGGGAAGAUGGCUACUUCAGCAUCUAAAGGAUGCAAACUUAGAAAAGAUUGUGGAUCGGAGUUCUCAUAACUAUGCAUCACUGCUGUUUAAAGAUCACACCGAAGAUCUUGUAGCAUCAAAUCAGUUGAGGAUACAGAAUGUAUGAGUGUUGUGUGGUAACCUGUGUAUAUGCUUAAUUGUGAGUUCAUUUUGAGAGGGUAGUGUAGGAGGUGAGUCGACACUUGUGAACAUCAUGGUCCGUCCUGUCUCCAGCUGAGUCUUUAUGUGAAUUAGUAAUGUUGUGUUUGGAAGUACUUAUAAAUUGCACAGUAAAGUAAAUUCAUUGUAAA